GAACAAUAUGAAUGUAUAUUCAGAUCAGCAAUAUACUCAGUAGUUGAAGAAUUGAUACUAUAAUGAUCAGACAACGAAAAGUUCAUCAUGGAAGUCAGGAGAUUUUUAUGGGAGAUGUAGAGAGAGAAAAAGAAGGACCAAUGAUUGGCUCUAAACCCUCUGGAUUAUGUACAAAUUUUUGUAUUUUACUUUUUAUAUUGGCAGUUCUCGGCAUGAGUGGAAGUGCAUAUCAGUAUUAUGAGCUUUUAAACUUAAAAAAUCAACUGUCAGAAAACCAAGGAGUUACUGCAAACCUUGAGAUAGAACUUACUGCGGAGAGGAAGAAUGUUGAAGACUGUAAAAAUGAAAUAGAAGAGAUGGAGACAUUGAUUAAAAAAUCCCUUGGAGAAGAUUUUAUUAAGAAGAGAGAUGUAUCUGGAGAGAAUGAGAAUCUAAAUGAUACACCAGCAACACCAGUACCUAGGGCACCUACACCUCCUGGACAGGUGCAAAAUCAGCAGGAAGCUGAAAAUAAAGAUUCUGCGGCCUCUGACCUUGAAAGAGCUGCUGAAACACAGAAAGCAGCUGAUGCACAGCAAGCAGCUGAGGUACAAAAAGCAAUGGAAGCACAAAGAGCUGCUGAGGCACAGAAAGCAGCUGAAGCUCGAAAAGCUGCUGAAGCACAACAAGCUGCUGAGGCACAAAAAGCUGCUGAAGCAAAACAAGCUGCUGAGGCACAAAAAGCUGCUGAAGCACAACGAGCUGCUGAUGCACAAAAAGCAGCUGAAGCUCAGAGAGCUGCUGAGGCACAAAAAGCCGCAGAAGCUCAAAGAGCUGCUGAGGCACAAAAAACGGCUGAAGCACAGAAAGCUGCUGAAGCACAAAAGAUAGCUCAGGAACAAGCAGCAAAACAACAGCAGCCCCCUGCACAACAACCUCCAGCAUCUUAACCUCCACCUACAUCUUAAAAUGUCAUAGUAGCACCGCAACCUCUACCAGGACUAAAUCCCCCGACAGCAAAGCAACCUUGGAUAGCGUUGACACCUCCAGGAGCCCAGCAAAUUCCAAUAACACAGAAACCUCCAGCAGCUUGACAACCUUCAAUGACCCUGAAUCCUCCUAUAAUCCAACAACCUUUACAAACACAGAAACCUCCACCAACACAAUAUCCUCGAUCCAACAGCUCAGAAAACUCCAACAUUACAGAAACCUGCAACGGUUAGGGAAACUUCCAACAGUACAGAAACCUCAAACAAUACAGAAAUCUACAACUGCAGCAGAGAAACCUCCAACAGCAGAGAAACUCCCAACAGCAAACAGCACAAAAACCUCCAACACAGAAACUUCCUACACUUUAGUCUAAUAAUUUAUAUUUAGUUAAUGUACUGCCAGAGUUCCGAACAUCCGACUGCAACCUUUUAGUUUAAUUUUUCAGAUUUUCAGAAUGGUUUGGAUGAUUUGAGUUCUCUACAAUUAUAUUCAAGAUAUAAAGCUUAAAAACACAAAAGCACACAAGCAUAACAUUAUAAAGAAAAACAUCCAGAACACACAAAUACAAUAUACACACUUUAGAGAUAAAUUAACUAACUGACACCUUGAGUUACCAAACAUCAGCUGUGUACAAAAAAUUAUAAUUGUCUCUUCUCAAAAAUUUCAAUAUUUUCCCAUUUGUUUAAAUUUUUAAAUAACUAAAGUAUAAAAUGUUAAACUUGAUAAAGAUAAUCAACAAAAUUGAAAUCAAGAACACGAAAAUCCAGCUUUUUCAUUAUAAACUGGAGUUAUUGGACAUUUUUAUCUUAAACAGAAUCCUGAGUUUGGACUUUUUCAUCUUAAACAGAUUCUUCAGAGUCAGUUUGGACUUUUUCAUCUUAAACAGAUUCCUCAGAGUCAGUUUGGACUUUUUCAUCUUAAACAAAAUCCUGAGUUUGGACUUUUUGAUCUUAAAUAGAUUCCUCAGAGUCAGUUUGGACUUUUUCAUCCUAAACAUAUUCCUGAGUUUGGACUUUUUCAUCCUAAACAGAUUCCUGGGUUUGGACUUUUUCAUCUUAAACAGAUUCCUGGGUUUGGACUUUUUCAUCCUAAACAUAUUCCUGAGUUUGGACUUUUUCAUCCUAAACAGAUUCCUGGGUUUGGACUUUUACAUCUUAAACAGAUUCCUGGAUUUGGACUUUUUCAUCUUAAACAUAUUCCUGAGUUUGGACUUUUUCAUCCUAAACAUAUUCCUGAGUUUGGACUUUUUCAUCCUAAACAGAUUCCUGGGUUUGGACUUUUACAUCUUAAACAGAUUCCUGGAUUUGGACUUUUUCAUCUUAAACAUAUUCCUGAGUUUGGACUUUUUCAUCUUAAACAGAUUCCUGAGUUUGGACUUUUUCAUCCUAAACAGAUUCCUGGUUUUGGACUUUUUCAUCUCUUAAAACAGAUUCCUGGGUUUGGACUUUUUCAUCCUAAACAUAUUCAUGAUUAGAUUUUUAGUUCAUUUCAACUGUUCAAAAAUUCUGUAAAUAUAAAAAAUGUACUAUUUAGAUGUUAGAAUAACUAUUCUUUUCAACAAUUUCAAAAUCUUUUUUUAUUUUAGAUAAUUUUUGUUUUCACAAGAGAAAUCUUAUGUUGCUUUUGUUUACGAUUCGACUUAGUUUUUCCCCCCAAGAAAAUUUAUCCUUAAAGUAGUUAAAAACACACUUGUCUGUAUACAAUAGAUACCUUUUCAUGCAGAAAUAUGUAAACUGUAAAUAUAACCAAAGUUUUAAAAUAAUUAUAUUUCAUAUUUCCAAUCGGACAAUUUUAUUUCGCGGAAUUGUAAGGAAAUGUGCGGAAUUACAGGGCUCGUAAUUACGCGCAAGAAAAAUCCUUUUGCGUUGGAAACCCUAUUGUGAAUCAAUGAGGAUUCACCAUUGUAAAUAGACAUAGUACAGUUAAUAAGAUAUUUUGUAGCCUAAUUAAGAACAGUUAUUUCAUGGUCCCGAUCCAAGCCAAGCUUCAAGAACUCUUACCAAGUUUGUACUCGAUUAGCCAAGCUGCAAGGGUGUUGAACUCUUAUCAAGUUUGUACUCGAUUAGCCAAGCUGCAAGGGUGUUGAACUCUUACCAAGUUUGUACUCGACUAGCCAAGCUGCAAAGGGUACAGAACUCUUACCAAGUUUGUACUCGACUAUAAGCCAAGCUUCAAAGGGUGUUGAACUCUUACCAAGUUUGUACUCGAUUAGCCAAGCUGCAAGGGUGUUGAACUCUUAUCAAGUUUGUACUCGAUUAGCCAAGCUGCAAGGGUGUUGAACUCUUAUCAAGUUUGUACUCGACUAUAAGCCAAGCUGCAAGGGUGUUGAACUCUUACCAAGUUUGCACUCGACUAGCCAAGCUGCAAAGGGUAUUGAACUCUUACCAAGUUUGUACUCGACUAGCCAAACUGCAAAGGGUAUUGAACUCUUACCAAGUUUGUACUCGACUAUUAGCCAAGCUGCAAAGGGUAUUGAACUCUUACCAAGUUUGUACUCGAUAUUAGCCAAGCUGCAAAGGGUACUGAACUCUUAUCAAGUUUAGCUUCAUUUGGUACAGCUAGGCAAGGAUCGAUGCAGGAAAGGGGAAUCUAACGGCACUUCUUGCCAAAGCAAAAAGGAGCGAGAUCGGCAAUGUUGGACCCAGAUAAGACCAGUCGUCAUCAAGUAUCGAAUCAGAGAAGUCUCAUGGACAUACAUUUGUCGCGGCGGAUGUCAUGUUACAUUUUAUUUAUUGAUUGAUCAACUGUUUGUAUAGUUUAACCUGUAAAUAUAGUUUUUGUGUGAAAA